GUGGUUACAGGUUUGUUCUGUGUCGGUCGGUGUCUCUGUUUCUCUCUUAAUCAAUUUCUCUUAACCAACAUUUCCUUAUUUUUAGCCAAAAUCUGUUACUUUCCUCUCUCGAAUCUUUCUUCGUGAUUUUAGAUUUUUCAAAAAAGUCCCUAGAUCUAGCAAAACUUCUACCAUCCCUAAAUGCAUUCCCAUUGACAUCGGACCAAUCUAGCUCUGGCGAAAUUUUCCUCUGUUUUUGUGUAACACAUUUUGACGAUGGCGAAAUCGAGCUCGAGAUGUUGUUGUUGUAGUUGGUUCAUCGGGAUUCUCGUGUUGAUCGCUGUUGUGCUCGCCGUCGUUAUCACGAUCAGAAAUAAAGCAAACCGUUCCGAUGACGGAGACGACAUCGUUCCAGGACCGCCUGGAUCCAUUGAUAAGAAGUACGCCGAUGCUCUCAAGAUCGCUAUGCAGUUCUUCGAUAUCCAAAAAUCUGGUAAGCUGGAAAACAACAAGAUACCAUGGAGAGGAGAUUCAGGUCUCAAGGAUGGAAACGAAGCAAGUCUCGACCUUUCCAAAGGCUUAUACGAUGCUGGAGAUCACAUGAAGUUUGGCUUCCCAAUGGCUUUCACUGCCACAGUUCUCUCAUGGUCGAUUCUUGAGUACGCCGAUCAAAUGGACUCUCUCAACCAAUUGGAUCCUGCUAAACACACUCUCAAAUGGACCACUGACUUCCUCAUCAACGCUCAUCCUUCUGCAAACGUGCUCUAUAUCCAGGUGGGAGAUCCAGAGGUUGAUCACAAAUGUUGGGACAGACCAGAAACAAUGUCGAGGAAGAGAAGUCUCACUAAAAUCGACACAGAGACUCCAGGGACUGAGGUCGCUGCGGAAACAGCAGCGGCCAUGGCUGCAGCGUCUCUAGUCUUUAAAGAAAGUGAUCCCAAGUAUUCAAGCUCGCUUUUGAAGCACGCGAAGCAGCUUUUCGAUUUUGCAGACAGUAACAGAGGAUCUUACAGUGUCAACAUUCCUGCGGUUCAAAAGUAUUACAACUCCACGGGCUAUGGCGAUGAGCUCCUUUGGGCGGCUUCUUGGCUCUACCACGCGACAGAGGACAAAACGUACCUUGAUUUUGUUUCUAAAAAUGGAGACGAGUUUGCAAAUUUUGGAAGCCCUUCGUGGUUUAGUUGGGACAACAAGCUUCCAGGAACACAGAUACUAUUAUCAAGAUUGACCUUCUUCAAGAAAGGGUUAUCAGGAAGCAAAGGGCUUCAAGGUUAUAAAGAAACAGCAGAAGCUGUCAUGUGUGGGCUUAUACCAAACUCCCCAACAGCUACAUCUAGUAGAACUGAUGGUGGUCUUAUAUGGGUUGCUGAAUGGAAUGCAAUGCAACAUCCUGUGUCCUCAGCUUUUUUAGCCACACUCUAUAGUGACUACAUGCUCACCUCUGGUAUUGAGCAAUUCUCUUGUGGUGACACAUCCUUCAAACCUUCUGAUCUCAGAAAAUUCGCCAGAUCCCAGGCUGAUUACAUGCUAGGGAAAAAUCCAGAGAAAAUGAGCUACUUGGUGGGAUAUGGUGAGAAAUAUCCAGAAUUUGUGCACCAUAGAGGAGCUUCGAUACCAGCAGAUGCAAACACAGGAUGCAAAGAUGGAUUCAAGUGGCUUCAGUCAGAGGAACCAAACCCGAACGUGGCUUAUGGUGCACUUGUUGGUGGACCGUUUCUGAAUGAGACGUUUAUAGACGCAAGGAACAAUUCUAUGCAAAACGAGCCAAGCACUUACAACAGUGCUCUUGUGGUUGGUCUUUUGUCUAGUUUGGUUACUACGUCUUCCUCACUAGAAUCUUUCAUGUGAGAUUUUCUUAUAGAGGUCCAUUUUUUUUUAAUUAGAAUCACUCAUUCCACGCCUUUAUUUGUUUCAUUCCGUAAACGUAUGUAUA